AUGGCUCUGAGUCGCCCACAACCCUAUGAGGGUAUGCCUCUACCCAACUACCAGAUGAGAUCGGGCUCCAACGAGGGGCAUCCGGGGUACACAAUGGAGCAGCAGCACGUCCAUGCAUCCUACGGUGGGCUCUAUGGGGUGCAAGGUGCUCAUCACGGGGGAUACCAGGGUGUACAAAACGACGGGGGCUGGACAGAACGAGUUCUCGAUGAAAUGAAGGACCUGCUACUUCUCCUCACACCCCACGGCCAAAUCACCUAUGCCUCACCAUCGUGCAAGAGUAUCACCGGCCGUGUCGCAAAACAACUCGAGGGAAGUGCUCUGGCACAUUACAUUCAUCAGGACGACCAGCCAAUCUUCCAGCGAGAUUUGGACGAAUCGGUGGUUGCGAACCAAUCGUUCCGGACCCAUUUACGAUUCCACAAGACCAACGGCACAUAUUGUCUCAUGGAGGCCUAUGGACACCCACAUCUCGCAAACCAGGAUGAGCGUGCAGGGAGACCCACGCCGGCCAACGGGCGCUGCACCGGAUUUUUCCUCGUGUGCCGACCAUAUCCCAGCAAGGUCUCUCAAUUGCUCGACUCUUUUUUGGAACACAAGAUUGAGAACGCACGUCUAGUCCAACAGAUUGCCAAAUUGAAGCAAGAAGAAGAUGAAGAGGCGACCGCGACUCGAGUGCCCUAUUCUAGGAGCGACCAGGAUAUUCGUGCCCCCGUGGCCGAAAACCGAUUCCAACGAUUCGCUCAUUCGGGGGAAAUUUCUAGUGACCCUGAUACUACAGACACCGUAGGGCCGAACUCGGAUGAAUCCGACACGAGCCAAUCGACGGGCUAUUUCGCAGAGCCCAAUACCCGCGAAGUUUACUCACAUAUUGACGGCAUCGAAGUCAUGACCGGUCUUAACUACGCAGACGGCGAGAGAUCGCACGGUCUCAGUACAGGUGUUAACCGUGGCCGUCUUAUACAUUGCGAUAUUGACAUCACCACUGCUGCUGACCAAGAGCGCAACGCUCAGGAAGGCGACCGCCGUAAAAGGCUCAAGGCCCAGCAUGUCUGUAGCGACUGUGGAACAGCAGACUCGCCAGAAUGGAGAAAGGGGCCCAACGGGCCUAAGACCUUGUGCAAUGCUUGUGGCUUGCGCUGGUCUAAGAAGGAGAAGAAACGCCAAGAGUCGGCCUAA